GGAGUUGACAGGUACUUUGCUGCGAGAAAGUUCCAGAUAUUGUACCCCAAACAAACACUAAUUCUGGGAUAACUGCGGUAAAUUGGGCAUCAUGUUUUACGGCACGGAUAAAGCAAAGAUUUCCAGUCCGUAUGCCGUUGGAAUUUUCUUUGCAGCUGUAUUGUGUGUCCUACCAGAUGAAGCGAAAGAUUGGCUGUCUCCUUACGCUGAAUAUUUCCCCGGGAUAGGUGUGGCGGAAUUUUCAUUGCUGUCUAGAAUAAGCACUGGUCUCGUGGGAUUUGUGCUCGGCUAUACCCUUGUAAAACUACUUGGAUGGUUGCGAUGGAGAAUGCUGAAAAUGUUGUUAGCUUACAGAGCCUGGAUGUACCGCCCAAAGGCCAAAACAACCAAGGUAUGGGCAUUCAUGCUGACAACAUUUCGGGGGAAAGGUCCAUUCGACACAUUCCAUUUUGAUGAGAUUAUGCCCCACAUCCCCCUCCCUACUCUAGAUGAAACCUUGAACAGAUUCUUGACUUCAUUCAAGCCACUUCUAAGUAACGAUGACUUUGCGAACACCAAGAAAGCUGUGGAAUCAUUCAGGAAGAACGAAGGCCCUCAGCUUCAGGAAGGAUUGGUUCGCAGAUACAAUGCACGCAGGAACUGGAUGAGUGAUAUAUGGAUGAACUAUGCAUACCUUGCUCAAAGAGGGCCAAUUGCAGUAUUUAGUAAUUUCUACGGCGUUUGUCAACCUGCUAUUCCCACUUAUGACCAGCUUGCAAGAGCCGCAACUGUAACAUAUCACUUCCUAAAGUUUGAGGAGUUGAUCCACACCCAGAAGCUACCAGUCGUUCUUGCUCAAGGACUAGUACCUAUCUGUACUGAUUCAUACAAGCAGAUGUUCAGCACUAGCAGACUUCCAGGUGCUUCACUUGAUUAUCUGAAAACAUUCCAGGCUAGAAAACACAUCAUUGUCAUCAGGAAAGGAAUAUAUUUCUCUUUGACCGUGCGUCAUGAGGAUGACACUCUACUGACACCUAUUGAGUUAAGAGCCCAACUGCAGAAGAUAUUUGAUGAUACAAAAGAAGAGCGAGAUGAGAGGAAUAUAUCUGCCCUUACUGGCCAGAAUAGAACACUCUGGUGCAAGCAACGCAAUCUGCUUCUCAAUAACAACAAAGAGACACUCGAGGCAGUUGAGAGCGCCCUCUUUGUUCUUUCACUCCCAGAGGCUGAGCCUAAGGACUAUGAUCACCAAGCUGACAUGUGUUUGACAGGACGUGACCACUCGAUCUGGUUUGAUAAGACAUUCAAUCUGAUUGCUUUUGCAAAUGGACGAAUAGGAACAAAUGUAGAGCACGCUUGGGGAGAUGGAACGCUAUUUUCUCGACUCUGGGAAUAUGCGCUGUUCAGAGAAAAAUAUGACAAAUCCGGUGAAGUACUUCCAUUGCCCAAUGAGCGUCAGCGCCCUCUUUCUUCUGUGAAGAGAUUGAAGUGGGACACCAGUGGCCUUGAAAGCGAAGUGAAAGCAGCAGAAAUGACCCUAAAAGGACUAGGAGACAAUGUGGAUAUCAAGCUUUACAAACCUGACUUUGGGAAGCGUCUCAUCAAAAAGUUCCGUCUUAGUCCAGAUGGCUUCAUCCAGAUGGCAAUACAGUUGGCGUAUUAUAGGAUUCACAAAGAGUUUGUGAGGACUUAUGAGUCUGCAUCAACCAGGAUCUUCAGCCGAGGGCGUACUGAGACUAUUCGACCAACAUCAGAGUAUUCAUGUAGUUUCGUACACAGCAUGGAUGAUAAAACAAAAUCCAAGACAGACAGAAUCUCACUCCUAAAGAAAGCCAUUGAUUGCCAGAUCAGCUACAAGCUUGAUGCGAGUAAUGGCUAUGGAUGGGAUCGCCAUAUGCUAGGACUCUACGCCACCUAUAAGGACUUUGGUCAUCUAACCAACACGCCAUUGCCAGACAUCUUCAAAGAUAAGGCUUGGCAGAUGCCAGACAAACUCUCCACCUCCCAGACACCCACUAAGAUCACAGAUGGCUGGAGUCUAGAGGCCUGUGCCAUAGGGGGUGGAUUUGCUCCUACAUGCGGGGAGGGCUAUGGCGUUUCUUACAUGAUAGUCGGAGAAGAUUGGAUCCAAUUCCAUGUCAGUUCAUACAAAAGUUGCCAGGAUACGGACACUGCCACAAUGGGGAAGUCAAUCAUCAUGGCCCUCGAUGACAUGGCAGAACUAAUGAGUAAAUAAACCUAAAGCUGUGAUCAUAGAGCCACCUAUAGAGCACCUAGUGAACUAGAUAUAAUUUAGGAACGACACAGUUUCAUAAAUUUUACACAGAACAAAGGAGGACUUUUUGAACAAAUAUACGAAAAACUUUCAGCUUCAAAAUCUUAUUCCUGAUUUACUAGGAUCAUUCUUAUCUGUUAUAUUUGUAAAAAAAGCAACUUAAAAUGCAAAAAUGAGCAAUCGCAGUAUUACAAUUUAGAAGUAAUACUUGGUGGAAGCGCUUACGCAAUUUUCAUAUGAUGCUUUUUGUGUACAAUUUAGUCUUGCUUUAAGUCUCUGCCCUCCCAUUAUAUUUUGUUAUCUAUUCGGAUUUCCCCUACCUCUCUUGUUUACAAUAUAUGCACAGUAAAACCUGUCACAAGUGGAACACAUUUGGUACCUCAAAAAAGCAUUUCACUUGGAAGCUGUUCCACUUAUAGAGAUUCAUUUAACGUAAAUUCAGUUGGCCUCGGGACUCUGAAGUGUUCAACUGAUGGAGGUGUUCC